CGCCACAGCCCCAUUCUUCCUCUCACCGCGUCACCCUCUGCCCGGCCGACACCACCGGAGGAGCUUUUGGAGAGAGACAGCUGCAGAGAGAAAUCCAUUGAUUUCUGUGUAUCCACCAGUUCCUUAGAGAGGGAGGAACAGAGAACAAAGGAGGGGAGAAGAAAAGGCGGUCUACUUUAGGGAGAGAGAGUGAAGAGUAUCUUUGUAUCUAUCUCUUUGGCAUAUGGAAUGGGAAAUGAAGUCUUGGCGUUUCUUUUAUCGGUUUCUUCGGGUUUUCUUUAUAGUCUUCGCCAUGAAUGGAUCCUUGACAGUGCAAGCAUUCACUGGAACCUAUGGAAUAAAUUAUGGGAGAAUUGCAGAUAACAUCCCUUCACCUGAUGAAGUUGUCACACUUCUCAGAGCAGCAAAGAUAAAGAAUGUUCGAAUUUACGAUGCUGAUCACAGUGUCCUCGAGGCUUUUAGUGGAACUGGCCUUGAAAUAGUGGUUGGAGUUCCAAAUGGAAACCUGAAAGAUAUGAAUGCUUCUGAGGACCAUGCCCUGAGUUGGGUUAAAGAAAAUGUACAGUCAUUCCUUCCUGGUACACAUAUUCGGGGAAUUGCUGUGGGAAAUGAAGUUCUAGGGGGUGAUCAAGAACUAUGGGGAGUUCUUUUGGGUGCAGUGAAAAAUGUUCAUAAAGCCCUAGAAAAGUUUCACUUAACUGAUCUAAUUCAGGUUUCAACUGCACAUUCACAGGCUGUUUUUUCAAAUUCAUAUCCUCCCUCCUCAUGUAUUUUCAAUCAGAAUAUUGCCCAAUACAUGAAGCCACUCCUGGAGUUCUUCUCAGAGAUUCAUUCUCCUUUCUGUUUGAAUGCUUACCCCUUUCUUGACUAUAUGGGAGAUCCAGCGAACAUUGAUAUAAAUUAUGCCCUUUUCCAGUCAACGCAGGGUAUUUAUGAUACAAAGGCUAAACUUCAUUAUGAUAACAUGCUUGAUGCUCAGAUUGAUGCUGCCUAUGCUGCUUUGGAAAAUUCUGGAUUUAAAAAGAUGGAAGUUAUAAUUACAGAAACGGGCUGGGCUUCUCGUGGGGAUGAAAAUGAAGCUGCUGCCACCUCAACAAAUGCAAGGACUUACAAUUAUAACCUGCGUAAAAGACUUGCCAAGAAGAAGGGAACCCCACUCAGGCCAAAAAAUGUGGUGAAGGCAUAUAUUUUUGCAGUUUUCAAUGAGAAUUUGAAGCCUGGUCCAACUUCUGAGAGGAACUUUGGACUGUUUAAAGCUGAUGGGAGCAUUUCAUAUGACAUUGGGUUUAAAGGACUGAAAUCUUCUGCAGCUUCAUCUAUUUUGUCCUUGAAGAAAAAUCGAGCUCAAGAUUGGUCUGCUUCUUACUCCUUGGUAUUCACAGCCUGUGCUGCAGUGUUGCUUCUGUUUUUAAAAUUGUGACAAAGCAAAGGCUUUGGGGCACCCUCUCUGUCAUAUUCAAUGAUAUUGUUCCUUCCCUCUUAAAGAGAGUUGGUCCAGUUUAGAUCACACCUGUGCCUGCUUUCAAUUCCAAACCAGCAUACAGAGGCACUCAUAGUUCCUAGAUUUGGUACUAUUUCAAGUCACUUGGCAAUGUAACACCCCCAAUAUAUCAUUGAUUUUUGUUGGCUUUUAGAGUACUUGCUUGAAAUUGCUGAUUUUUUAAAUCUAUUUGAGCAACAUAAACACACA